AUGGCACCCUCACAAAUGAAGGCUAUCAAGGUCGUCGAGGCCAAGAAGGCAGAGAUCCAGGACGUCCCUGUGCCCAAGAUCCGUGACGACUAUGUCUUGGUCAAGGUCGAGGCCGUUGCUUUGAACCCCACCGACUGGAAGCACGUUGACUACCUCGCCAACCCUGGAGCUACUGUUGGCUGUGAUUACGCUGGUGUUGUCGAGGAGGUCGGCUCAGCAGUUCAGAAGAAGUUCUCCAAGGGAGACCGUAUUGCUGGUUUCUCCCAUGGUGUCAACUCUGCCAACAAGGAGGACGGCUGCUUUGCCCAGUAUGCCCUCGCCAAGGGUGAUGUCCAGAUGAAGGUUCCUGACUCUUUGUCAACCGAGGAUGCUGCCACUCUCGGUGUUGGUGUCACUACUGUUGGACAGGGUCUCUACCAGAGCUUGAAACUUCCCCUCCCCACUGAGCCUGCUAAGCAGUCCUUCCCCGUCCUCAUCUAUGGUGCUUCGACCGCCACUGGUACUCUCGCCGUCCAGUACGCCAAGCUGUCUGGUCUUGAGGUCAUUGCCAUCUGCUCUCCUCACAACUACGACCUGGUCAAGUCUCUGGGUGCCGAUGCUACCUUCGACUACAAGGACCCCGAGUGCUCGGCCAAGAUCCGUGAGCACACCAAGGACAACCUUAAGCACGUUUUCGACUGCAUUUCCGAAGGCAGCUCUCCCGACAUCUGCGCCAACGCCAUCUCAAGCAAGGGCGGUGUCAUCUCUUACCUUCUCCCUGCCAAGUCCUCCCGCGAGGACGUUGUUGACCAGAGCACUCUCGGAUACACCGUUGUUGGCGAGGCUUUCACUUUCGCCGGCCACCCAAUUCCUGCUAAGCCCGAGGACUUUGAGUUCGGCAAGAUGUGGUGGGAGCUGGCUGAGAAGCUGUUCGCCGAGGGCAAGGUCAAGGCUCACCCUAAGGAUGUCCGCAGCGGCGGCCUCGAGGGUGUCUUUGGCGGUAUGGAUGAGAUGAGAUCUGGCAAGGUCUCAGGUAAGAAGCUUGUCUACAAGAUCUAA